AUGGCGAUUGACAUAUGCAUCCCAUUGACGACGCUUGGGUUCGAGGCGAAUGUACCGGCGCAGCGUCGCACAGGUAGAAGUGAGGGCAGAAUAGCGAUAUUAUGCGGAUGUGGCCGUCUUGAUGGUACUGAAAUUUCGGAAGCUAUUUCAACAGCCAUACAUUUGCGGCACAAGAAUUUGAAGCCGCUAUUUUACGCUCCGGACAUCGAGAUUUCCAGCAUAGUCAAUCAUUUUACUAAAGAGAUGGAUACCAAGAAUCCUAGAAAUGCUCUCGUUGAAGGCGCCAGAUUAGCAAGAGGCUGCAUAAAACCUCUAUGCGAAUGCGAAGUUUGUACGCAUGGCGCCCUUAUUAUACCUGGAGGAUUUGGUGCUGCGCGUACUUUGAGUAAUUUUGCCGAAAAAGGUACCGAUUGCACCGUUCUACCCGACUUAGAGAAACUUAUCGAGGACUUUUACUGUGAGAAGAAACCAAUCGGUACUAUGUGCAUAGCUAGUGCGAUUGUCGCUAAAGUGUUGAAGGGUGUGAAAGUUACUCUUGGCAGGGAAUCACCCAAGAAAGACUGGCCGUAUGGUGAUGCUAUCAAGAGGGUCAAAGCGAUGGGCGCGAAGGUAGAAAUGAAAGAUGUUAGAGGAGUAACAUUAGACAAGAAUUACGGCGUUCUCAGUACACCAGCGUGGUUGUACGAACCUGCUACUUAUUCAGAAAUUUACGACGGUAUUGGUAAACUUGUGACAAUGUUAAAGAAAUGCAUCAAUAAGUAA